AUGUCGGAGAUUGACCCCAUCUCCACUUUCGUUACGGACUCCGAAGGAAGAAUGGCCGCAGAGUAUGAGCAGGUGGAGGCGUUAGUGGAACAUUUCAGCAAAUUGGCUAUUACCGAAUCUGUCCCUUGCUCUUCUGUGGCCAUUCUUCUAACAGAGUCACUCUCACUGCCAAUGUGGUUACUCGAAACACAGUUGCCUGCCGGAGAUACCUCCAGCUCGGGUGACGUCUUCCAAACCGCCGCCAAUUCCCAGGCAACUGUUGUUUCGAGUGCCUCUGUUGAUACUCCUACGUUUGCCUCAAUCUUUUCCGAGGAUGCGCCAGUCUGUCCGUCAAUGGACAUCUUUGGGCUUCUGGAGCGGGUUCAGCAGAGACCUCACACGCUGUUUGAUUCGAUCCCAAUUAUGCUGUCGUCUAUCUACGGCGAACCUUACGGCGUGGGAGGUCCGUUGGCGGAGGAGCCCGAACUGAUUCUGGGCCCUCUACUUUGUCCAGCUGGGGCAGAGUCCGCAGAUCCAUCCUUACCUCGGUCGACUCCGUCGACUCGUGUAGCGGGCCUCUUGCCUACAUGGUUCCCGGCAAUACUCUCCCCGCUUCCUGAGGAGCUCGAACCCACUCGAGAAUUGCGGUUGAGUGCCGGACCAUGUUACUCAAGUGGCGGGCCUCAAGAGGAUCUCGCCGAGAAAUCGACGGCCCCCUUGGUCAGAGCCCACGAGGAGACCAGCGACGAAGAUCGGACAGCCCCCGUGACUCCCGCGGCAAACAAGCGCCGGAAUUUGGGUCCGCCAGGAAGUACCCCCUUUGCCAACCGGCGUACCCCCCUUUCGCGCCGGAUUCAGACCAGGGCGGCCCCCUUCUCCGCAAGGCUUGCUCGUCGAGAAGCCGAAAAACAUGGCCGGAUUGAAUCGACACUCUUCCGCCUUCCCGACUAUCUUCGUCAGCUAGAGGCUGACCGCCAGAAUGCAGAAAAAGUCCCUUCAAGUCCGAGCCCACGGCUUCCACAAACAACAUUUGACUUUACGAUGGAACCGAGCUUACCAACUAAUCAAAGCUCAGCAGAUGAGUCGUCUGCGCUUCAAGAACCAUCAACACCAGGGAGAAACACUCCAGAAACUCCUCAGCGUGGAUGGAAUCUACGUGGACUGCUCAGCUCUGUACCUCGUUCCUUCUCGCGGCUAUUGCCAUUUCGUCGGCCUUCUGAAAGCUCGGAAGAUCAAUCGACAAUUGAACCAUCGUCAGAACGUAUUACUCGCACAAGGUCUCUUGACCCUGAAUCAGCUGGUCCUCAAACGGAAGGACGAUCUCGCUGGCGUUUGAGUGAAGGGCCUUCGCAGCCUCCGAAGAAGCGUGCCCGUAACUUAUCUUAUUCACUUUUCCCUGCUCCCAUUGACAGGUCCCUUUACCUUGGUGACAUUCCUAAGCCCUCCACGGUGUCCCCAGAGGUGGCUGCCCCGGAUUCGCACCACACUGAACAGGCGCAGGCGCAGAAGCCUGAGCCUCAACAGACUGCAGCAUCAGGUGUCCAAGCUGAAGAACCUGAGACGUCUCAAGCAUCUAGCGAUGCGGAGCAAAGGAAGCGCAAGCGGUCUCCAUCGCCCGAUGUGAUUCCCAACCCAGCCGGAUCUAGCUAUGGAUUGGACUUGGAUUAUUUCUGUUAUAGUUCUGAAAGUGAGGAUGAGGCGGCAGAAACUCCAUCCAAGCAGAGCGAACGCAAGAAAGCCGAUGGCCUAGCAAAGUCUGUAGCCCGCAGUGCCCUCCGUACAGACAGACAGUCAUCCAAAAAGGUGCGUUUUGAUGCAAGCCCAGAGGACACUCCUUCUAAGCUUCGUUCGCGUGCUCGCGCCACUGAUCCCUAUCGCGGAACACACUUCGUUGGGAUGGGUAAUGAUUCACCAACACCAUCUGCUCGCACUGAGCAACCUUCUCAGCGGCAUCCGGGAUUCGUCCCCAACACCCAAGGUACUUUUCAGCUCGACUAUGACGCGGCCUCAGAUGACUCUGAGACUACUGGUUUGUCCUCGUCAACAAAUGUUACCGCCCCUAGCCCCUCCCAAGCCGCACAGGAAGAAGAUGGCCAUGAUGCUCAAUCUCCUGCAUCUCGCCAUGCCUCUCGGGCUCAUCCAUCAACCCCAGGUAAAGUGGACGAGGAAGCUCUUGCAAGGGUGCGGUCCCAAGCAGAGAAAUACAAGCCGAAGACCCCUAGUGGUCUCCGUACUGCAAGCCGAUAUGCUAGUCCAUUGACUGCCACUCCCGAUACUAUUGCCUCCAACCAGACAACCAAGAAAUCCGACUUGAUUGCAAAGCCUGCUAAAGUUGACGAACCCGAAAACUUCGGUGAUGAUGAAUUCGCUCGUGACGCAGAAUGGCUUUAUCAGAAUUGUCCUUCUGGAGACCUCAGUCAACUUAGGUGGCCGGCAAGGCAAAGCUAUGAAGAGAGCCUUGGUGUUAGUUCUACCUCCAUGCAACUCCUUGCUACGAUUUGGGACGACUCCGAGAUUGAACCAGCGUACCUUGCUUUUCGCCAGAGUUUUGAAGAAUUCAAAAGGACUUUGAAAUGA